AUGAGCAUCACCCAUGAUUCUCCAAUGUCAAAAUUAGGAGUCAGGUUUCGACCCACUGAUGACCAACUUAUUCGCUAUCUAAUAAAAUUUGUUGCUUCUAACAAUUAUGUUUGCAACGAUAUUCAAUUUGAAGAUCUUUAUGGGAGUAAAAAGCCAUGGGAGUUAUUGAAAGGCUCAUCAGAUACUAAAUAUUUCUUUACUCAAUUAAAGAAGUUAAAAUCGGACCAUACAAGGUUUAUUCGGACUUUGGUUGGAGUAGGAAGUUGGAAAGGGAAGGCUAAAGGAAAACCGGUAGGGGCAAAGAAAGUUGGGAUCAAAAGAAGUUAUAACUAUGAAGAAAAUAAAAAGGAUAAUGAGGAUGAAGUUAAUGAUGUUUCUUGGAUUAUGAAAGAGUAUAGUCUUGACGACAAAGUAAUAAAGUUGUUAAGAAAUAGAGGUAUAAUGAAGCACAAGGAUGUUGUUUUGUGCUACACUAGGUGUAAAGUUAAAGAAUCAGGAAAUCAUAUGCCUACAACAACUGCCAAUGAAAAUGACGAUGAUACACAACCCCAGGGGCCUAUCUGCACUGGUGAAUCAAUGGUGAAGCCAUUGCAAAAUAUUGAAUCAGGAUAUGUUGGAUGUGAUGAUGAGAAGAUGAACGAUAUGACAACACAACCCCAGUGGCCUAACUAUAAUAGUAUUCAGUCAUUGCUAUUAGGAGACUAUAAUGAUCCAUCAACAUUGACUAAUGAGAUGAUGAACAUCACUGCAACACAAUAUACUUCUGUUGAUGAUUUUUUAAACAGCAGCCAAAGCUUCUCGUCGUUACUGGGAUGA